GUGGGCUAAUCCCAGCUACUUAUCAUCCUCUUCAAUCCAGUACUUGGCCGUGGUGCUGUGACCCUCAAAGGCAAUGCUUCCAUCGACGCUGCCACCGUGGGACAUUGCUUCCACCUAUCUAUAUAAGUGAGACACUGUUCUUUAAGCUUCAACCACUCAUGUCUACCAUAUCCUCCGAGAAAUCCCCCCAGCAUUCGCAUGAGACGAUGAACGAUCGUCUCACUGGACUCAGUGCGAAGGAUCAGCGUGCAUACGAGCGCGCUAGGCACCAGACAAAGGAGCGGCGGGAGCAUGCGCAGGUGAAGGAGCGCAAAGAGCGGGUGGCGGCUGGGGUACGAGCACCAGCCCUCAAGGAAGGGCAUCUAAGCCGGGCUUCCAAGAGGGCCAGCAUGGAGUUCUGGGAUGGCGAUGAGCCUGACUCCCGUACUCUCACUGGAUUGGGGUGCCCCGUUAAUGUCGUACCGAUGCCGAGGAAUAAAUCUGGUUUCUCCAAGAUGGCGCUUGCGGAUUUCGUGACGUUCAGAACCAAGAAACUAACCAAAGCGCAAGGUAUGGUGCUGCAAUAUUUCGUUCAUGACAAUACUGACUCGAAGUUGUGCGUAGAUUUUGACUUUGAGGUUCUCCCGCCUGUCCGUUCGGUCAUUGCUCUUGAUGACUUUGGACACGACGUUGAGACUAAUGAACCUUGGGAAUUCAUGUCUCUUACCCCCGAAUCGCCCGUUUGGAAGGACCUAUCGUACGCUCAGGCCGCUGCUUUGACAUUUUAGAUCAUGCCAUUGUGAUUGACAUUUAAUUAGUAUUAUACCACACCCAUUACGACUUAGUUCAUUCCUCAGUUCAUUAACAUUACGAACUCACUUUACAUAUCCGAGCUCCGUGUCGUAUCGUCUUGGUCCUCGUUAUAAUUCUACUUACUGAACUAGGCGGUGUAUUUGGACUUCGAGGAUCAACUAUAGGUAUAUUAUACCCCUGCAUGAACGUGUAGAGCUAGAACCUUUAUCGGUCUUUACCAAAAAUGUUUAAACUCGCCGUCGUA